AUGGCAACUUCUGAAGUAGAUUAUAACUGUCAGUAUGAGAGUAUUGAAGAGAGAUCAGAGGAGGAAAGUGAAGAGGGAAGUGAACAGUUGGAGGAUAAUGGUUGUUCAGAAGAGCUCGACGUGGGAUCUCAACAGAGGCUGUUGCAUCGUGAAGUGCGUAGCGUGUAUUUAAUUACUUACAGUCAAGCCGACCUUGACAAAUUUCCAACGAGAGACAGUUUUGCUAGAACGGUUGUGCAAGCAUUCGAUGAGACAAGGAGCGGGUUAGCUGAUAUUGUGCAGUGGGUUUGUAGUCAAGAGCGGCAUUCUUCAGGAGGAACGCAUUACCACAUGGCGGUAAAGCUAUCGCAUGCACGCCGAUGGUUGCGAGUAAGAAAUUAUCUCGACGACAACCACUCCAUUCAAGUGAAUUUUUCGUCUGUUCACUCCAAUUAUUAUAGCGCCUGGAGAUACACAACAAAAGAAGAUAGCGAGUAUGUUCAGUCUGUAAAUCAUCCCGAUUUGGUCAACAGCGCCCCACCUCGAACACAAGAGGCCAGUGUGACAACAACGGAACGUGGUGGAACGAAGAGAACAGCCAAGAAAACCAGAAAAAGGAAGGCACCCCGUCUCAGUAUUUUCGACGUGUCUAAGCUAGUCGUAGCAAAAGGAAUAAAGUCCAGGCUAGAACUUCUUGCUCUAGCCUCUCGACAAAUGAAAGAGGGAAAGGAAGAUUUAGCGCAAUUUAUCGCUAACAGAGGAAGUAAAGUUGUUGACGAGGCUAUACAAGUAGGAUGGGAAAUGGAGGAAGCAGAGGAAAAAUUGAAAAGGAAACAAAUGACAAGGAUGGAAAUACUGCACAAAGCUCUAGAAGGUCCGUGUAUCGCUAACUGCAAUGGAGAGUGGUUGGACGUUGCAGAGGAUACUCUCGCACGGAAUAACCUAUCAGGUGGGAGUUUUCAGAGUGCUGUACGCGAGCUACUUGAGAAAGGACGUGGCAAGUACCGAAACAUUUUAAUCUUUGGUAGUGCCAAUUGUGGGAAAACUUUUUUACUAAACCCUUUAAAUGUCAUCUACAAUACAUUUACUAAUCCCGCAACUAGCAACUUUGCUUGGGUUGGAGCUGAAUCCGCUGAGGUUCUUUUUCUUAAUGACUUUCGCUGGAGUCCACAGGUCUUGCCUUGGCACGAUAUGCUUCUACUUUUGGAGGGGCAGACAGUUCAUUUGCCAGCACCGAAGUGCCACUACGCUAAAGACAUUGUAUUUGAAACGGAUACACCAAUAUUUUGCACAGGCAAACAUGAGUUAGUGUUCAUUAAGGGAGGUUGUAUAGAUGAGAGGGAGACCGAAAUGAUGCGAGUAAGGUGGAGAAUCUUCAACUUCUUUUCGCAGAUUCCACACUGCGAGCAAAGAAACGUUCCACCAUGUCCAAGAUGUUUUGCAAAAUUAAUUCUCUGCUCUAACAAUAACAAUAACAGUUCGGCAUAA